CCCAACCCAACCCCCUCUUCUCCUCCUUUCUCCAACUCCUCCACUAUCCUCUCCUUUCCAUCUUCGUACUUGGCAAUCCGAUCAUGCCAAGACCAUGGAGGCCCUUCGCCGCUGCCAAGUGCUGCACCGUCGAGGACCACGUAAUCCUCGGAAACCUGAGCCGGUGCCGGCCGUCGCGGUCGCAGUUCUCGAAGAAGAAGGUAGCGGAGCUCGCCUCGUUCCGCCGCCUCUCGUCCUCGGACCUCAGCGGUGCUUCGUCCGCUCGAUUCAACGAGGAGUUGGCGCACUCGUUCGGGGCGGGGUUGCAUGCGUUCCAGCUUAGCGAGCUGAGGAAGAUAACCCAUGACUUCUCGAGCAAUUACCUGCUCGGGGAGGGAGGAUUUGGCACGGUGCACAAGGGGUAUGUCGAUGAUAGGAUGCGGCCGGGACUCAAGGCUCAGGCCGUCGCGGUCAAGCUAUUGGACAUGGAGGGGCGCCAGGGGCACAGAGAAUGGCUGACCGAGGUGAUAUUCCUGGGACAAUUCAGGCACCCACACCUGGUGAAACUCAUUGGCUACUGCUGCGAGGAUGAGGAACGCCUCCUCGUGUACGAAUUCAUGCCCCGUGGCAGCCUCGAAAACCAUCUGUUCAAGAGGAUAUCGGCGACGCUGUCAUGGGGAACAAGGCUGAAGAUUGCUAUCGGCGCCGCCAAGGGUCUCGCCUUCCUGCAUGGUUCGGAGAAGCCUGUGAUCUAUCGCGACUUCAAGACCUCUAACAUCUUAUUGGAUUCUGAUUUUACUGCUAAGCUCUCUGAUUUUGGACUUGCCAAGAUGGGUCCAGAGGGCGAGGACACGCAUGUAACAACCAGAGUAAUGGGCACUCAUGGCUACGCUGCACCAGAAUACGUCAUGACAGGACACUUGACAACCAAGAGUGAUGUCUAUAGCUACGGUGUGGUGUUGUUGGAGCUGUUAACUGGAAGGAGGGCCAUGGAUAAAAAUAGAUCAAAAAGUGAAGAAAAGCUGGUAAAUUGGGCUAAACCCUACUUGACGAGCAGUCGAAAAUUACGCUGUAUCAUAGACCCCAAAUUUGGUGGUCAGUACUCGAUCAAGGGGGCACGCCAAGUAGCCUCCCUCGCUUUACAAUGUAUUAGCCCUAAUCCGAACGAUCGUCCAAGAAUGUCGGCAGCAGUUCAGAUUCUUGAGGGACUCCGACACUUGAAAGACAUGGCAGUGAAUUCAGGUGCAUGGCCUGCUACUCCGAUAGCCGGAAGAAAUGCCAUCUCUGCCAAAACCAAGAUGAACAACUUGGCUAAUGCACGUCGGAGAAGCAUCUCCACAAAACUAGCUUGAGUUUCAUAUUGCUCAAGGAAGUGUAGAUAAUCAAAUUUAGAGAAUUUUAAUAUCUGGAUAUGCAAUAUCUCAUGUACAUAUGUUCAGAGACAGAUUUAUCCAAGUAAUUAUGGUGAUUA